AUGCUGUGGCUGCCCAAGUUCCUUCACCUGCUGCUUCUGCUAGAAAUGGGUCAGAGAAGUCGAGGCACUGAAGUGUGCCCUUCAUCCUUGUGUGAUUGUUCUGAUUGGGGACUCUAUAAAAUAACUUGUAUGGAGGUCAGUUUCAUCCCUACACUCCCACAGAGCACACAGACAUUGAGGUUUAUGGAUACAUAUCUGAAAAGAAUUCCUAGUGAAGCAUUCUCCAGACUACCCAACAUCUCCAAGAUCUAUAUCAGCAUAGAUACAAUGCUACAGGUGUUGGAGGCUUAUUCGUUCAACAACUUAAACAAGGUCACUCACAUAGACAUUCGAAAUGCUAAAAAUCUGAGAUACAUAGAUAAUCAAGCCUUUAUGAACCUCCCAAUGCUGAAAUAUCUUGUGAUCUUGAAUACUGGACUUGGCGUUUUUCCUGAUCUCACCAAAAUUAAUUCAGUGAAUAUGAACUUUUUGCUUGAAAUUGCUGAUAACCCAUACCUGAAUUCAUUGCCUUCAAAUGCAUUCCAGGGAUUAUGUAAUGACUCCCUUAUACUGAAACUCUACAAUAAUGGUUUCACGGUGGUAGAAGCCCAUGCAUUUAAUGGAACUAAGUUAGAUUCUGUGUACCUGCAUAAGAACAAAUAUCUAAGAGUUAUUGAUGAAGAUGCAUUUUUGAGUGUUCAAAGUGGUCCAAGCCUACUUGAUGUCUCCCAGACAUGUAUCACUACAUUGCCAGAAAGGGGAUUAGAAAACUUGAAAGAACUGAUGGCUCAAAAUACCUGGACUCUAAAGAAACUCCCCUCAGUAAAAACUUUUCCUUAUCUAACUUAUGCUGCUCUGUCAUACCCAAGUCACUGUUGUGCUUUCAAGAACUGGAAGAAAGCUAAGGGAAUCUUGGAGUUCUUGCUGUGUAAUCAAACUAACAAUCUCAGCAUUCGCAAGAGAAGAUCUUCCAAUACCUUCAGGGCUCCUUUGUAUCAAGAUUACGUGGAUGAUGAUUCAGAUCACACUGUUGCUGUUCAUGAUGAGAAUUCCAAAUUUAGAGACCUUCAUGGAAAUUCACGUUAUUAUGUCUUCUUUGAAGAACAUAACAAUAAAGAUGGAUUUGGUCAAGAACUCAAGAACCCCCAAGAGAAUAUUGUGACUUUUGAUAGUCAUUAUGAUUAUAUUAUCUGUACAGGUAAUGAUGAUAUUAGUUGCAGCCCCGGGCCUGAUGAAUUCAACCCCUGUGAAGAUGUAAUGGGGUACAGAUUUUUAAGGAUAGUGGUAUGGUUUGUAAACUUGCUGGCCAUUGUGGGCAAUGUUUUUGUUCUCUUUAUCUUACUCACUAGCCAUUACAAGUUGACUGUCCCACGGUUCUUGAUGUGUAACUUGGCCUUUGCUGAUCUUUGUAUGGGAUUGUAUCUUCUCUUGAUUGCGUCAGUGGAUCUUUAUACUAGAUCAGAGUAUUAUAACUAUGCCAUUGAUUGGCAAACUGGACCUGGUUGUAGCACAGCUGGCUUUUUUACUGUCUUUGCUAGUGAGUUAUCAAUCUUUACUUUGACUACAAUCACACUGGAACGGUGGUACGCUAUUACUUUUGCCAUGCGCUUAGAUAAAAAAAUCCGCCUUUGGCAUGCAUCUUUUAUUAUGUUGGGUGGUUGGCUGAUAUGUUUCCUUCUUGCCCUUUUACCUUUGAUUGGAGUCAGUAGUUAUGGAAAAGUUAGCAUCUGCCUUCCCAUGGACACUGAAACACCGAUGGAUCAAGCUUACAUUAUAAUUAUUUUGCUGUUGAACAUCGUUGCUUUCAUCAUCAUUUGUGCUUGCUAUAUUAAAAUUUAUAUUACAGUACGGAAUCCCCAAUACAAGUCAGGGGACAAAGACACAAUCAUUGCAAAAAGGAUGGCUGUGCUAAUUUUUACUGACUUUUUAUGUAUGGCACCAAUCUCAUUCUAUGCCUUAUCUGCUGUUAUAAGCAGACCCUUAAUAACAGUCAGCAACUCAAAAAUUCUACUGGUCUUGUUCUAUCCACUCAACUCUUGUGCUAACCCAUUCCUUUAUGCUAUCUUUACCAAAGCAUUCCGAAGAGAUAUCUUCAUCUUGCUUAGCAAAUUUGGGUUAUGUGAACAUCAAGCUCAACUUUAUAGGGGCCAAACAGUCUCCCCCAAGAACAGCAGUGGUUCUGGCCAUCAUAAGGGCAACCGUGGAGUUGUCCAUAACCUUUCUAGCCAUCAAAGGCACCCCGAUGGUAUACUUGGAGGCUACCAUUCUGCAAUGAUGCUACAUAUUCAAGAAUCCAUGGAAAAUAGUAAGCUGACUAUAUUGUAG